GAGGAUCUGUUUCAGCUCGCUCGUUGCAUUCCAGCUGGUUAAAUUUGAAGAAAAAUAGGUGUUGUAAAACUUUGGAAUGGAACUGUAACUUUGUCUUGGUUUAUCUAAUUUAUCCAGCUUGAACCCUGUGCCACAGUUCCGCCACGAGACCUCUGGCGAACUGACCCUCAAGGCCUCCGCCGAGGUGAUCCAGGUCGCCAAGGCAUACGGCCUGAGCGGCCCUGUGCUGUUCAAGGUCAAGUCGGCCGAGAUGGUCAGGGAGCAGGCCAGGAGACGGGUGCGGGCAGCAGGUGGUGACCCCGGGGACUCCAAGCUGGUGCGCAGCGCCAGCGAGCUCCAGUUUGGACAGUACCGGGGUCAGACUUUUAAAUGGUUGCUGACCCAUGACCUCGGCUAUGCCGUCAUGGUGUUGGCAACCCACCUGAGGGAGCGCAAAGAUGGCCAGGUGUCGGAUAGCCCGCUGGCGAGCAAUAAAAACGCCCUGGAGUCCUACGCCUGGCUCUUCCCCGACGUGAAGAAGGCCAUCCAUCGUCACCAGGAGAGAGACGGGUCGGCCAGGACUCUGGACGAGGGCAAGAGGCUCGUCGGCUUCGGCCAACACGGACACCUGACGUUUGAGGCCCUUUACGAUACAGAAGAUCGGGAGGCCAAGAGUUACAUCAAAUGGCUCCGGCGCCAGACCACCAAAGUCGGGACCAAGAUGCAUGCACUCCAGCUGUAUGUGCAGCAGAGAGACGAGGCGAAGGCGGCAGCAACCUCUUCCCUUCCCAAAACCACCACUGUUGCCCCCACCGCCUCUCUCUCUGCAGCAGCCUCCGUCAUCGAGAUUCCCGAUGACGUGCUGCUGUCGGCCAGCAUGGAGUUGGAGGCUGCAUCUACCUCCCAGUCUGCAACCAGUGGAGGGCCCUUGCCAUCCCAGCACUCCCAACCGACGGCUGAUCCGGGAAAGCAGCCUUCACAAACGCUGUCCGUAGCCAGGAGAGAGGUGAGUUAAAAGGAUGUGUUUGUUUGAAUUGCAUUGCC